CCGGGAGGAGCCGACUUCCUCGGCCGAGGGGGGUGGGUGGGACCGGACCCGGCGGGACUGCCUUAAAUCCGACCACCGCGGAGGACUUCCGAGGAGCUUCUGCGAGCGCCUCGGGACCGCGCGGAACAACUUGGACUUUGUGCAACAAGGGCGAAGACGGAGCCGUAAACCUUCCCUGGAAUUUUGCAUCUUGGGAUAUUCACACCAGUCCGGGUUGCCGACCCACUCGGAACCAAACCAACGUUUGCUGGAGCGACACUAGGCCGAGAUGGAGCCCGCCGAUCCAAAUGAGAAGCCGCAAAAUGGCCACACCGACAUCCGGGGCCCUGUGGCGGGCGUCUACCUGGAGAAGUCCAAGCAGAAGAUCAGCAUAUACGAAGCCAUGAAGAAACGUCUGAUUCGACCCGGAACGGCGUUAGCCCUGCUGGAAGCGCAGGCUGCCACGGUGGGUGUGGUAGACCCCGUGAAAAACCGAAUCCUUCCGGUCGUGGAGGCCAUCAGGGAGGAACUCAUCGGACCCGAGUUGAGGGAAAAGCUUCUCUUCGCCGAGAAGGCCGUCACUGGUUACGUUGACCCAUACACCGACAAAACCAUCUCCGUGUUCCAAGCCAUGCAAAAAGAUUUGGUGCCCAGAGAUUACGGCUUGAGAUUACUUCAAGCGCAAAUUGCCACGCACGGCCUCUUCGACCCCGUUGGGAAGACGAACAUUUCAAUGGAGUCAGCCAUACAGAAAGGCUACUAUGAAAAAGACCUGCUGAAGGACCAGAUGUCAGAGUUGAAGGUUUUCUUCGAUCCGAGUACACAGCAGCACGUCAACUACCAGACGCUGAUGGAGAAAUGCAUCAAGGAACCCGGCACAGGCCUGCUUCUUCUUCCCGUCUUCAUCACCUUCAAGGGGCUGAGACGAGGCAUUUCCUCCGCAGAACUUUUGGAGUCCAAGAUUAUUGACAAAGAAAUAUUUGAAGAUCUACAGAAGGGGACGACCACAACCCAGCAGGUGAUGCUGAACGAGACGGUGAAGGAAUACCUUCAGGGCAAAGGCAGCAUCGCGGGCGUUGCGAUACUGUCAUCCAAUCAGAGACUGAGCAUCUAUGAAGCCAUGAAGAGCGGAAUACUGAUGCCUGGGACCGCGCUAGUUCUGCUGGAGGCGCAGGCCGCGACCGGAUUCAUGAUUGAUCCCGCAGAAAACAAAAAGUUCACAGUGGAAGAGGCUACGAAGAACAAGCUCAUUGGCCCGGAAUAUUACCACAAGCUGCGCUCGGCCGAACGAGCAGUGACCGGAUACCGAGACCCGUACACCGACAAAACAAUUUCCCUCUUUCAAGCGCUUUCAAAAGAUCUCAUCCUGAAGGAACACGGGAUCCGCCUACUGGAAGCUCAAAUUGCCACGGGUGGAAUCAUUGACCCCAUCCACAGCCAUCGACUCCCCACAGAGGUGGCCUUCAAAAGAGGCUACUUUGACCAAGAAAUGAAAGCCGUUCUUGAAGAUUCAGGAGACGACACGAAGGGAUUCUUCGACCCAAACACGCAGGAGAACCUGACGUACCUUCGGCUGAUUGAAAGGUGCGUCACCGAUCCAGCUACCGGACUCUGCCUCCUCCCGCUUCGAGACAAAUCCGAUGGUCUGAACUACACCUUCAUUGACUACCGAACAAAGAUGGCCUUCAAACAGAAGAAGGUGAAGGCGACGUGCGGCAAGUAUGCGGGGAUGACGGUAUCUCUGUGGGAGCUGCUGAUGUCGGAAUACUUGGAUGAAGAGCAGAGGAAAUCCAUCAUACGGAAGUACCGAGAGGGGAAGCUCACUAUCGAGACGAUUGUUACGACAGUUCUGGAAAUUAUCGAGACAUCCGUCAAAACCACCAAGGUCAUCUUUGAAGGCAUCAGAGAAACUGUCACAGCCAAACAGCUGGUUGAGGCUGACAUCAUCAGUGAGGAGGUCCUGGAUGAUCUCAAGAAAGGGAAGAAGUCUGUCAAGGAAGUGGUUGAGGAUCAAAACUUGCACGUGUACCUACAGGGAAAAGGCAGUAUUGCAGGUGUUCUUCUACCUGACUCCCAGAUCCUUACCAUCUACCAAGCAAGACAGAAAAGCAAACUGAUGCCGGGAACAGCUCUGAUUUUACUCGAGGCACAGGCGGCGACGGGAUUCAUCAUCGAUCCCAUCGGUAACAGAAAGUUUUCGGUAGACGACGCCAUCAAAGCCAAGGUCGUUGGGCCAGAUUUGUGCCUGAAGCUGCGCUCUGCAGAGAAAGCGGUGACAGGUUACAAAGACCCAUACUACGGGACCACAAUCUCUCUGUUCCAAGCCAUGCAAAAAGACCUCAUUCUGAAGGAUCACGGAAUUCGACUCUUGGAAGCGCAAAUUGCCACGGGCGGCAUCAUCGACCCGGUUAACAGCCAUCGCAUUCCUGUCCAAGUGGCCUACAAGCGGGGCUACUUCAAUGAGGAGAUGAACGAGAUCCUGAGCGACCCCAGUGAUGACACCAAGGGCUUUUUUGACCCUAACACUCACGAGAACCUUACUUACUUGCAGCUCAUGGCCAGAUGUGUCACUGACCCCAGUACGGGACUUUGCCUCCUUCCACUCAAAGGGAAAAGCCACAUCAUCAACAUCGAUGACGGCAUGAAGGAACUGUUCAGGACAACCGUUGUUUCUGUACGCUACGGCCGCUUCAAGGCCAAGCGCAGCACUCUUUGGGACCUCAUCAAUUCGGAGUAUCUGUCGGAGAAAAAACGCCAGGAGUUCUUCAAACUCUUCAAGUCCAGGAGACUCACAAUUGAGGAGAUCAUCGAGUCCAUUUUAGUCAUCGUUGAGAGCAAAGAGAUCAAACAGCAAGCGGAACUGAGCUUCCGAGGCCUCAGAGGGGACCUGUCCGUUGUGGAUCUUCUGGAGCUGGAAAUAGUGGAUGAAAAGACAUACAACAGCCUGAUUGACGGAACAUUAAGGACCACCGACGUGUCGCAGAUGGACAGCGUGAGAGGCUACCUCCAAGGGAAAAGCUGCGUUGCCGGGGUGAUACUACAGCCUUCCAAUCAGAAGCUGAGCAUCUACCAAGCACAGAAAUCUGGCAUCCUGACACCCGGGACGGCUCUUUGCCUCCUGGAAGCGCAGGCGGCCACGGGCUUCGUGGUCGAUCCGUUGGCAAACAAAAAACUCACCGUGGAACAAGCACUUCGGGCGACGUUGAUCGGGCCUCAGACGUAUGAAAAGCUUCUGUCCGCAGAGAGAGCUGUCACCGGUUACGCCGAUCCGUACACGGGCCAGAAGAUUUCUCUUUUCCAAGCCUUGAAAAAGGACCUCGUCGUGAGGGAGCACGCUAUUCGUUUACUUGAAGCCCAAGUUGCGACGGGUGGCAUCAUCGACCCCGUCAAAUGCCUUCACUUACCUCUCGAUGUCGCCUGCAGGAAGGGAUAUUUUGACAAAGAAUGGAAUCAAAUCCUGCUGGACACGAAAGGGUUCUUUGACCCGACCACCAAGGGGAAUCUGACGUACAUGGAAAUGUUGGGCAGGUGCGUUAAAGACAAAGAAACGGGACUCUUCCUUUUACCGAUGACCGGCACACCAAAAGCCUCACAAGCAAACGUGAGCCUGUACACUGACAGUGAGAUAAAACAAGCGUUUGAAGAGGCAAACGUCAGCGUAUCGGUGGGACGCUACGCUGGGAAAUCCAUUUCUCUGUGGGACUUGAUCCAUUCCGGCUACUUCACCGAAGAGCAGCGUCUUGAACUGAUUGAAAAAUUUAGAACGGGAAAGGUCACCACUCACAUUAUCAUCACCAUAGUCAUGUCUACAAUUGAAAAACUGGACAGGAGCGAAGCUCCCAAAAUGAUCACGGGCCUGAGGAAGCUCGUCUCUGCCAGACAAUUGCUGGUCUCUGGCAUCAUCGACAGUGAGACCUUCAAACAGGUGCAGGAAGACCGAGUCACCUUGGAGAACGUCAUUAAACGUGCGUGCGUGCAACAGUACCUGAACGGAAGAAGCAGCAUCGCCGGCGUGAAAGUGUAUCCGAUGCAGAAAGUUCUGAGCAUCUACGAGGCAAAAUCGGAAGGUAUGUUGACGGACGGCGUUGCGCUUUUACUCCUCGAAGCGCAAGCCGCGACAGGAUGGAUCGUCGAUCCGCUCCAAAACAAGUUCUACACCGUCGACGAGGCCGCAAAGGACAAAGUCAUCGGGACGGAUGUGCGUGAGCAGCUUCUGCUGGCAGAGCGAGCCAUCACUGGGUAUAAGAACCCCUACACAGACUCGACGAUAUCACUGUUUGAGGCUAUGAACGAGGAGCUGAUUCCAAGAAGUGACGCCGUUCGUCUACUUCAAGCACAAAUAGCGACGGGCGGAAUCGUGGACCCCAACGAGAGUCACAGGCUACCUGUGAAUGUUGCAGUCAAAAGGGGACUACUUGACGAGCAACUCAGAAUCCUUCUGCUGAACCCCCCUGAAAAUUUGAAGGGAUACUUUGACCCAAACACGAAAGAAAAACUCUCCUACGCCGAGCUGAUGGAGAGAUGCGAAACAGAUCCUGCCACGGGACUGCUUCUCAUCCCACUCCACGAGGAGAAAUCAGACAUUUUUCACACAAAUGAACAAAUAGAGCUCGAGUUUAAAAACAAAACAAUUGUCAUGAGUGUGGGCAAAUUCAAGAGCAAGGAUGCGACCUUGUGGGAAGUGUUGCUGUCUGAAUACAUAUCCCAGCAGAAAAGGGAGCAGCUCAUACAACAAUACAAGACCGGCGCCAUAACGGUUGAAGAGUUAAUUGAAAUACUAACGGUCAUCAUCACGGAGGUAUCGUCCAAAGAGAGAAAGUUCAAAGGACUGAGGAAGCAGGUCUCGGCAAGUCAGUUGUUUGAGUCCAAGAUCAUCUCGAAGGAGCUUUUCACGCAAAUUAUACAAGGGGAAGUGACUGUAGACUCUGUGAACAAAAUGGAAUCCAUACAAAGGUAUCUUGGGGCGACAAACUGCAUAGCCGGUGUCAGAGUUGAGUCUACAAAGAAGGUUAUGAGCAUCUAUGAAGCAAAGUCCAGAGGUCUCCUAACUCCUGGGACGUCUCUUGUUCUCCUCGAAGCCCAAGCUGCCACUGGCUUUGUGAUUGACCCCGUCAACAACAAAAAACUUUCAGUAGAAGAUGCUGUGGCUCAGAGAGUGGUUGGCAGUGAGUGGAAAAAGAAGCUGCUCUCAGCAGAACGAGCUGUCACGGGAUACAUAGACCCCUACACUGGCGAGACCAUUUCCUUAUUCCAGGCCUUGAUAAAGGAUCUCAUUGUCAAAGAGCACGGAAUACGUCUUCUUGAGGCUCAAAUCGCCACAGGAGGCAUCAUUGACCCGGUGUACAGUCACAGGGUGCCUGUGCAGGUGGCUUACCAAAGAGGCUACUUCGAUGAAGAAAUGAACCAGAUUCUGUCGGACCCAGAUGACGACACCAAGGGCUUUUUUGACCCCAACACACAAGAAAACCUCACCUAUCUCCAACUUAUAGAGAGGUGUGUUACUGACCCAAACACGGGCCUCAACUUACUAUCCAUUGUGAAGAAAGGGGAGUUCUAUUUCUAUGUUGACGAGGCCACGAAAUCCUUCCUGAAAUCAAAGACAACAACGAAAGCAGGUGGGAAGUACCACGGAACAACGGUGUCACUGUGGGAUCUGCUCUACUCUCGAUAUGUCACGGAGGAGAAGAGGAGAGAGCUCGUGCAACAGUACAAAUCUGGCGCUAUCUCGAUUGAACGCUUCUUGGAGAUCAUCUUGAUGAUCAUUCAGCAGCAGACCACCGGCACAACCUCAUCAUCGACCGAAAGCUUCCACGGCAUUCGGAAGGAUGUCAGCGCAACAGAGUUGCUUGAAUCCAAAAUCAUCAAUGAAGACCUCUACGAAGAUCUCAACGCAGGAACAAUCACAGUAAAGGAAGUGAGUGAAAUGGACUCAGUCCGCAGGUACCUGGAAGGGACCAACUGCAUCGCAGGUGUGUACUUGCAGUCAACAAAAGAGACCUUGAGCAUUUACGAAGCAAAGUCCAGAGGCCUGCUGACUCCUGGGACGUCUCUUGUUCUCCUCGAGGCCCAAGCUGCCACUGGCUUUGUCAUCGACCCAGUCAACAACGAGAAACUUUCCGUCAAAGAAGCUGUGGCUCAGAAAGUGGUUGGCAGCGAGUGGCAGAACAAGCUGCUCUCGGCGGAACGAGCUGUCACAGGAUACAAAGACCCUUACACCGAAACAACAAUAUCGCUGUUCCAGGCCCUGAAAAAAGACCUGAUCGUCAAAGAGCAUGGAAUUCGUCUUCUUGAGGCUCAAAUCGCCACAGGAGGCAUCAUCGACCCUGUGCACAGUCACAGAGUGCCUGUCCAGGUGGCUUACCAAAGGGGCUACUUCGAUGAAGAAAUGAACCAGAUUCUGUCGGACCCAGAUGACGACACCAAGGGCUUUUUUGAUCCCAACACACAAGAGAACCUCACCUAUCUCCAACUGGUUGAGAGGUGUAUCACAGAUCCCAUGACUGGACUUAGUUUGUUAGUCAUUGUGAAGAAAGGGGAGUUCUAUUUCUAUGUUGAUGAGGCCACAAAACUCACCCUGAAAUCAAAGACAACAACGAAAGCAGGUGGGAAGUACCACGGAACAACGGUGUCACUGUGGGAUCUGCUCUACUCUCGAUAUGUCACGGAGGAGAAGAGGAGAGAGCUUGUGCAACAGUACAAAUCUGGCGCUAUCUCGAUUGAACGCUUCUUGGAGAUCAUCUUGAUGAUCAUUCAGCAGCAGACCACCGGCACAACCUCAUCAUCGGUCACCACGUGUCAAAUACCAGAAACAAAGGUUGACAGCACCACCACAACGACCACCAUCACCACCACAGUCACAGAGACCGAAAGCUUCCACGGUAUUCGGAAGGAUGUCAGCGCAACAGAGUUGCUUGAAUCCAAAAUCAUCAAUGAAGACCUCUACGAGGAUCUCAACGCAGGAACAAUCACAGUAAAGGAAGUGAGUGAAAUGGACUCAGUCCGCAGGUACCUGGAAGGGACCAACUGCAUCGCAGGUGUGUACUUGCAGUCAACAAAAGAGACCUUGAGCAUUUAUGAAGCAAAGUCCAGAGGCCUGCUGACUCCUGGGACGUCUCUUGUUCUCCUCGAGGCCCAAGCUGCCACUGGCUUUGUCAUCGACCCAGUCAACAACGAGAAACUUUCCGUCAAAGAAGCUGUGGCUCAGAAAGUGGUUGGCAGCGAGUGGCAGAACAAGCUGCUGUCGGCGGAACGAGCUGUCACAGGAUACAAAGACCCUUACACCGAAACAACAAUAUCGCUGUUCCAGGCCCUGAAAAAAGACCUGAUCGUCAAAGAGCAUGGAAUUCGUCUUCUUGAGGCUCAAAUCGCCACAGGAGGCAUCAUCGACCCUGUGCACAGUCACAGGGUGCCUGUGCAGGUGGCUUACCAAAGAGGCUACUUUGAUGAAGAAAUGAACCAGAUUCUGUCGGACCCAGAUGAUGACACGAAGGGCUUUUUUGAUCCCAACACACAAGAGAACCUCACCUAUCUCCAACUGGUUGAGAGGUGUAUCACAGAUCCCAUGACUGGACUUAGUUUGUUAGUCAUUGUGAAGAAAGGGGAGUUCUAUUUCUAUGUUGAUGAGGCCACAAAACUCACCCUGAAAUCAAAGACAACAACGAAAGCAGGUGGGAAGUACCACGGAACAACGGUGUCACUGUGGGAUCUGCUCUACUCUCGAUAUGUCACGGAGGAGAAGAGGAGAGAGCUCGUGCAACAGUACAAAUCUGGCGCUAUCUCGAUUGAACGCUUCUUGGAGAUCAUCUUGAUGAUCAUUCAGCAGCAGACCACCGGCACAACCUCAUCAUCGGUCACCACGUGUCAAAUACCAGAAACAAAGGUUGACAGCACCACCACAACGACCACCAUCACCACCACAGUCACAGAGACCGAAAGCUUCCACGGCAUUCGGAAGGAUGUCAGCGCAACAGAGUUGCUUGAAUCCAAAAUCAUCAAUGAAGACCUCUACGAAGAUCUCAACGCAGGAAUAAUCACAGUAAAGGAAGUGAGUGAAAUGGACUCAGUCCGCAGGUACCUGGAAGGGACCAACUGCAUCGCAGGUGUGUACUUGCAGUCAACAAAAGAGACCUUGAGCAUUUAUGAAGCAAAGUCCAGAGGCCUGCUGACUCCUGGGACGUCUCUUGUUCUCCUCGAGGCCCAAGCUGCCACGGGCUUUGUCAUCGACCCAGUCAACAACGAGAAACUUUCCGUCAAAGAAGCUGUGGCUCAGAAAGUGGUUGGCAGCGAGUGGCAGAACAAGCUGCUCUCGGCGGAACGAGCUGUCACAGGAUACAAAGACCCUUACACCGAAACAACAAUAUCGCUGUUCCAGGCCCUGAAAAAAGACCUGAUCGUCAAAGAGCAUGGAAUUCGUCUUCUUGAGGCUCAAAUCGCCACAGGAGGCAUCAUCGACCCUGUGCACAGUCACAGAGUGCCUGUGCAGGUGGCUUACCAAAGGGGCUACUUCGAUGAAGAAAUGAACCAGAUUCUGUCGGACCCAGAUGACGACACCAAGGGCUUUUUUGAUCCCAACACACGAGAGAACCUCACCUAUCUCCAACUGCUUGAGAGGUGCGUCGCAGAUCCCACCACCGGACUAAGUUUACUCCCCUUGGUCAAAAAGUGAAGAAUAUUUUGAUGUUUUUCUUUCUUUGUAAAGUGUUUACCAUCGUUAGUAGAUUUUUUUUUAACCCGAGUGCGUUCUACUUCAGUCUUUGGUCUUACUGAUAUUUGAGGAAAUUGUCUUUGAAAUUGACUUCAUGCAUUUUAAAACAUUUUUUUUGAUAUAGCAUAGAUUUAUAUCAUCUAUUUUUCCUGUAAUGUUAAAAAUAACCCAAGGGUGUGAACACUAAAGCUAAUUUUUGAGUCAUAAUUUUGAACUGGAAUUCUGAACGACUUUCUUCAGCUGUACUGAUUAACUCCAGUAAAAGUCUCUGCUCAAAGGU